AUGUCUGCCAUAGAUCUCGCUUCAGCACGAGCACAUAUCCUCGCUGCCAUUGAUCGCGAUGCCACUGCCUUGCGCCAGCUCAAUGCAGACAUUCACAGCCAUCCCGAAACGGCGUACGAGGAAGUCUAUGCCCACGAUGCGCUGACUGCGUUUCUGGAGACGCGCGGCUUUAACGUGCGCAGGCAUACUUACGGCUUGGACACUUCCUUCGAAGCUGAACUGGGCGGCGACACUGGGCCGGUCGUUGUCAUUUGCGCCGAGUAUGAUGCCCUGCCGAACAUUGGACAUGGCUGCGGCCACAACCUGAUUGCCACCUCAUCCAUGGCCGCGUUUCUCGGCCUUGCAGAAGCCGUGAAGAAGACGCCAGGCAUUGCUGGCCGCGUGCGCAUACUAGGCACUCCAGCUGAAGAAGGCGGCGGCGGAAAGGCGAGGCUCGUCGAAGCCGGAGCCUUCAAGGAUCCAGACAUCGUUGCGGCCAUCAUGGCACAUCCCAUGUCCUUGCAUGGCAUGAAGGACGGCAACCACGGCAUAGCAGGCUUCAAGAUGGUGGCAAGCCAUAAAACCCGAGUUGAGUUCCGCGGCCGCGGUGCCCACGCCGGGGGCGAUCCUUGGAAUGGCCUCAAUGCGCUUGACGCUGCGGUCGCAGCAUAUACCUCUGUGUCCAUGCUUCGCCAGCAGAUUCAGACAGAUGAGCGGAUUCACGGCGUGAUUGAAGACGGCGGCACUGUUCCGAAUGUCAUCCCGGACUAUACACGCAUGAACUGGUAUAUUCGCAGUCCAACAGCUGCGAGGGCCGAUUCGCUGCUCGCAAGGGCUAAAGCCUGUUUUGAAGCUGCCGCUUUAGCAACGGGCUGCUCAGUCAAGUAUAUUCCCACAUUACCGGCUGACUGUAUUCGCAAGCGCGCCGACCUACCAAGAUCUCCGAGUGAACCGCACGCUGUGCCGAGCAUACACGGAGGAAAUGAGCCAACUCAAUCGCAAGGAAACGUCUCCCACGUGGUCCCCAGCUUCCACGGCGUUUUUGGUAUUCCAACAGCUCCCAAUAUUCCCGGUCAUCACCCGGAGUUUGCAAAGGCUGCGAAAACAGACGAAGCCCACGAGGAAGCAAUAAUCUGCGCGAGGGGAUUGGCAAUGUUGGGGUUGAGGGUUCUGACUGAGUCCGGAAUUAGUGAAGGGGCCAAACGCGAUUUCCACGCGAGUUAG